AUGGAGUUUACUCUGCUUCACAAGACAUUUGACGGAAGCCAAGCAGAGAUGAAAGUGUGUCUGUCGUGUGUACUCUCAAGCACGCAGGACAGGGUGGACAUGACUUUGACGAACUCAAAUGAUAUGUUCUUCUUAUAUGAGGUAAGCAUGGGAGCCGAGGACUUCCGAACAGUGUGUACUACUUUCUCUUAUGACUUCCUACACAUCAGCAGCCUUCCCAGUUUGCUUAAUUCGGAUAUAUUGCCAACCUUAUCUAGUACACCAUCUGCAGCAAGUGUGGGGACAGACAUUUGCAUACUGGAGACAGAUGCGCAGAUGGAGACUGCUGUGCUGCAGUUUCUGACGGUGCGGCCUAGCCUCCGCGUUCCAUUUUUCUCCGUUCAACUCCGUAAGGGUUCGGAUCGAUCUAUCGCUAGAAAUAUCAGCACAGUGGCUGCGCAGUUAGAAGCGAGGCUCAACACUGAGCUCAGCACAUUCCAGCUACGCAUAGGUAGGGUUGAAAGCGAAAAGGCCACCCUAGAAUCGAAAUUGGCUCUUGCAGAGUCAUCAACAAGGCAGCUAGAAGCUCGAAUGCAAGAACUGGCGUCAAAUUAUGAAGCGCAACUUGCUGAGUUGCAACGAGAAAAGCUUGCCACGUUGGAAGCAAAGGCGUCAGUGGAGACAAAGCUCGCAGAUGUGCUAGCCGAACUAUCCGCAGCCAAGACAAACUCUGCGAUGCACAUGUCUCACAUGAAUAUUAGCGAGGAAGAGCUUCAGAAAGCGAACGCAAGGAUUGCUGAGCUAGAGACGCUGCUGCAGAGUCGUGAGCAGCAGUAUUCAGAGGAGAUUGGUCGUCUCCGUGGAGAACUGGACAGGGUAACCAACCUUCUGGACAAUCAGAUCCGUACCACUGGAAGCAGAGAUUUAAAUACCGGCAUAAGGCCGUCAUCUACCAUGUUAACAGCUUCGGUCGACUCGGGUAAUGGAUCUGAUUCACACGGAUCAUUGUUAUCUGGAGUAUCAACAAAUUCUAUUCAGUAUACGCCACUCAAGCAAGAGGACAGACCACAACCAGGCAUGCCCUCUGUUCGAUUCUCCAAGGACGAUGAUCUCACAGAAAGUUCGCUCUCCACCAAUCAGACGACUAUUUCACGGGCUCGAAGUACAAAUGCCCGCAAUAUCCUAGCUAAGUAUGGAAUAAAUAGUACAUAUAGCACGUAUGGUACGCAGUCAAAUGCCUCCAUACCACCUAAACCUGCGUCAAUCAACAACCUACCUAUCAUGCACCGUCUAAAACAGCUAGAGCUACAGGCUCAAGCUAAGCAGUAUGGGGGAACACCCAACAGGGUUACUGUUGGUAAUUCCGACGACCUUUCAACCAAUCUUAUUUCAGAUAGGAUUGCAAAGUAUACUGUGCCCUCGUUAGCUACUUCGUCUACAUCAUCUUCUACAUAUUCGCAAGUGUCCUUCCAAGACCGUGGUAUCCGGUUGCCAGGGACACAGACGCCGUUGUGA